AUGAACUAUUUGACACUUGGCGACCCUGUCACUUCCGUCCAUGCGAUUAGACCAAUGAGUAUUCCAAAUCGUUUCGAAAGUGGCGCCAGAGGAAUUUCAUCAAUGCGGGCCUUCAAUCUCCAGUUAGCUUUAUCCCUUCCACUUUAUCGUAUAGUGAGCCUGCCGGCCAAAUGGUUCGGGUGA